AUGUCUUCUUCCACGCAGAACACUACCGACCGCCACCCACAAGACGCCACAAACCCCCCCUCUACGUCCUCCUCAAAAUCCUGGAUCCUCUUCACCAACACCCCAACACUACGACUUCAGUCAGGCGCCUUCGCCACCAAAGAAGAAGCAAAGGCCGAACUCGUCAAAAUCGUUGAAAACAUCAAUGCUCUCCUGGUCAACGAAGAGAGCAAACAAUGGGCUCAGUACGGGAAAGGCAGAAUGUCGUGUAAGGUCUUUAAGCCAAAAGGGGUGGAGGGAUAUGAGUGCGUGAUGAAGUAUCAGGUAGAGAAGGAGAAAGAGGGGGGAGAUGAUGAGAUGGGUGGUGACUGGGACGAUGGGAAUGCAGAGUGGCUUGCAGAUGCGGAAGAAGAGUGA